AUGUUCUACGAGGCAGCCUCAUUCGUGACAUUCCUCCUGUGUGCCACCACACUCAUCGCCCAGCUAACAUUUCUACCGUUGAUAUUCCGUCGAAGCAGUCAUAUACGAUCGAACAUUCAAAAUCAUGUCGAUAAGUUCAUGCUUCUCUCUGACCGUGCCCAUGUUCAACUCACUCUGAUGCGUCGUGAAUCUCAACGAUUCAAACGAUCAGUUCUGCCACUUUGUGAGCCAUAUGAGCCCGGCCCACCCGGUCCAGCUGGUGAUGAUGGAGAGGAUGGCGAGCCAGGUGAUGAUGGUCCCGAAGGGCGUCGCGGUUUAGAUGAACGUGAUAUCGUCGCACAACUCAGUCAAAAAUGCAUCGUCUGUCCGCAGGGCCGAGUUGGACCGGUUGGAGCGCCCGGAAAUCGUGGUAUUCGAGGACUGAAAGGCGAUAAGGGAUAUCCUGGAAUACCAGGUUUUGACGGACGGGAUGGUGAUAUUGGAGAAGAAGGACCGAUAGGUUUUAAUGGUACCAACGGAAGACCAGGACCCAAAGGUCCGCCAGGCCGAUCAGCUCCCGGUGGAACGGGUGAACCAGGUCCGAAAGGCUUACCAGGACCAAUCGGAAGAACUGGCCCACAAGGAAAACGAGGUAAGCGAAACUUUAUCUAUGGACGGCCCGGUCCUGAUGGUAAGCCAGGCCCGGAUGGCAUGGAUGGUCUAAAAGGUAGUUUCGGACGACGUGGUCCAAAGGGUUCAGUUGGUGAGCCAGGCGCUAAUGCGAAGUUCUGUCCGUGUCCGCUGGAGUUUAAGAUGAUAGAAUCUCAAAGUCAACGAAAAAAGGUAAUACGCUUGUUAAGGGAUAAGGCAGCACGAUUGACCACAACGCAGUCUCUUCCAUUUGUUCUUAACAUCACACGUAAAGAUCAAAUCAGAUCUGCUCUAUGA